AUGAGAUCGGAAGUCCCAUCAAGGUGGAGACACUCUUUCAUUGUUCCAGUUCCGAAGAAGCCUCCCUUUAGCAAUCCUUCCAACUAUCGGCCCAUAAGUAUCACUUCUGUUUUUGCACGGCUUUUCGAAAAAAUAGUCAAAGGUAAGGUGACUACUUAUUUGAACCAGACAGUCUUAUUCCCACAAAUCAGCACGGUUUCUCUACGGUACGCUGGAUUGAAUCGUUCCUUUGCAAUCGUACAUACCAAGUGCGAAUUGGGGAUAGCUUUUCUUCGAAGUAUUCGAUCACUAGUGGCGUUCCUCAGGGAUGGAGUUUGUUCACUGUUUAUUGCUUAUACGGCCUGUCUCCCCACCUCCUUGUCUGGAUUUGGGGUCAAAUGCUUGAUGUAUGCCGAUGAUAUCAAACUGUACAAAGUUAUUGAAAGUGCGUCCGACUGCGAGGACCUGCAGAGAGCUAUUGAUCAUAUUGUAUGUUGGUCGGAGAAUUGGGGAUUACCCCUAGCUCCCGAUAAAACCAAAGUUUUAAGAAUCGGUAAUGAACGUUUCAGUCGUAGCUACAAAAUUGGAUCAGUAACUUUAGAGUCAGUUCAAGAGAUAAAGGACCUUGGUUUCAUCUUCUCCAACAAACUUGGAUUUGAAACACAUUAUAAGUCACUG